CCUUGCUCAGCUCCAGCCUGGCCAGGAGGGGCAGGGGCCGCACAGCCCUGGUGUCAGCAGCAGCAGCAGCAGGGAGUGUCCCCUGUGUAGAUUGGCCAGGCUGGAGCUGAGCAAGGCCAGGGCUGCUAUAAAAGCUGUGUCAGGGCCAGACUGGACCAAGCACUGCCCUGGCCACCUUCUCCUCCUCGGGAACAAGGAGCUGCCUCGCAUCCCACGCCAAGAUGUCCUGCUACGACCUGUGCCCCCCCAGGACCAGCACAGACCUGUGCCCGCCCAGAACCAGCGUGGCUGUGCCCCAGCCCAUCGCUGAGAGCUGCAACGAGCUGUGCGCCCGCCAGUGCCCCGACUCCUCUGCCUUCAUCCAGCCACCACCCGUGGUGGUCACCUUCCCCGGCCCCAUCCUCAGCUCCUUCCCCCAGCAGGCCGUGGUGGGCUCCUCUGGAGCACCGGCCUUUGGCGGCUCCCUGGGGCUGGGCGGCCUCUACGGCGCCGGCGCCACCCAGGCCUCGAGGGGCCUCUGCACCUUUGGCAGGGCCUACGCUGCUCCCGCCUGCAGCCCUUGCGCCUGGCCCCGCUACAGCAAGAAGCUCUGGGACACCUGCGGGCCCUGCUAGAGCCACCACCAACUGCCCCAAAGCCCCGCUGCCGCCUCAGCCCAGCAUGGAGAAGCUGAGCUCUGCACAAGCUGCCCUGGCCUCCUGCAGCCCGUGACACCCGGCCUGCCUGGGGCCUGCCCACAUUCCCUGAUUCUCCUGCCCUUCUUGGUACAAUAAAGUUU